AUGCCUUCCAGGCCAAAAAUCAACACGAGGGUUGUAAAAACCCUCAUCCGUUGCUGGGUUCCGGCAUGGGUAGGUGUGGUGUUGAUGUUGAUUCAUCCAUCAUUACAACGGAUUGGUCAAGCAUCAUUCUUCAUGAUAAUGAUUCAAAUGAUGUGCCCUCCGGCCGGCAUAGAAACAAUCUUUAUCUUCACGGCAUUCUCUCUCUGGUUGGGUAUGCUCCUUGCCUGGGGCUGGGGAUCUAUCGUCAUGAAAGCAGCCUACUCAGCGCGGCCAGCUGCAGACUACCAGGCGCAAUUACAGCACCUGCAACAGGUUGCGUCGCAACGCGCCAAUCAAUCAGGUCUACCAAUCGCUACCGAGGCACAAGCUUUAGUUUAUGAAGGGUAUAUGCUGGAUGCUCGUGUCUCUGCUGUCUUCUUGGUUCUCGGUAUUUCCUUCAUCUACUGUAUCUCGCUUCUACGCAUGAAGAACCCCAAAUUCAUCUUCACUCAACUUUUCGGGAUCAUCAUCACCGAUAUCUAUCUCACAAUCGGUCCACUGUUGCCAGCAUUCAAUGGUACUCUGCCGACUCUGAUCAUCGAACCUGCCUCGAUAGGAUUGGGACUUGCUUUUGUAGCCUCGCUUUUACUCUUCCCUCAGUCCACGUCUCAUGUCACCCUGGACGCAAUGGAGAAGAUUGUGGAUAUGCUCAAGAUCCCCUUGAAGACAACCAUGGAGGGACCAGUGGAGGAAGAGAAAGAAGCUCAGGUGCUCGCCGGCUUUAAUGCCACGAAACAAGGCCUGCUCGGUCAAUGGAACGAACUACAACCAAUGGUUGGAUUUCUAAAACUUGAUCUCAGCAUUGGUCGGUGGAACGACAAAGAUAUCACAAGUGUGGUGCAAGAUCUGCGAAAAGCUUUUAUUGGUACCACGAAUCUUUUGAACUUUCAGAUAUCUCGACUUGGUGGCACCCUUCAGUCCCAGAAGGCUCUGGCGCUGGAGCCACCCACUACUUCUUCCUCGGAGGACAACGUUGAAGAGGCCGAAUCAACAGUGACGUCGCUAAGAGAGAAAAUAAAAGGCCAUAAAGAUAUUGGCUUUCAUCAAUUGAAUGAAUUUUCCGUCUUUCUCAAAGCCAUCAAUGACUCCGAUAAUGCUGCAAUCCGGAAUGAAACCCUGACUAUGCUGUAUGAAAAUAGCACGGAGGUCAUUGAAGCUUCUAUUGAAGCGUUAGACUCAGUCAAGGAAUGUUUUCAUACUGUCAAUACUGCAAGGAUGUUCAGUCGUCCAUCCCAGGAGACUCAAGAGCAACAUGUCAAACGAAGUGAGACUGCUUUGGAGAAUUUACGCGCUGCACGAGCCUCCUUUGUCGAAAAGACCACCGAGCAGUUACUGGAGGCUAACGCCGAAUUAUUUGAUGACAAUGGCAAAGUUAAAGCUAUGAACACUCACCUGCGUCACCGGUUCCGUGCUGUCAUGUUCGGCAUGAUCUUCGAAGAACAUAUCCUCGGUGUCGUUGAUGGCAUCCUUCCUCUACUCGAAAACUCUGCUUCGCACUACAAGAACAAGACUCGCACCCGGAUAUGGUUCCCUGCUGGAAUCCGAUCUAUCGGAAAAUGGAUAUUCAGACGAUCUGAAAAGGCACCCGUUAGCGCAGAAACUCUGUUUGGGGAUCCAGACGAAAUUGUCGAUCAGUCCCAAGUGCUUCAAGAUAAACUGGGCAUUGCCAGAGGUAUGAAGAAGAGACCAGGCUCGAAAUUGGGGAGGACGAUUAGCUGCUUUUACCGGUUUCUUGUUUCCCCAGAUUCCCUCUACGCAAUUCGCAUGGUGGUAGUAUCAAUCGCCGUGGUUAUACCCGCCGUCAUCCCUCAUACAGCUGGAUUCUUCUACAAACAGAGAGGUAUCUGGGCUUUGAUUAUGGCCCAGACGACAAUGCUUGCCUACAUGGCUGAUUUCACUUAUUCGGUGAUAGGGAGGGCUAUUGGUACGGUCGUUGGUGGUGUUCUAGGUCUCGUGGCUUGGUAUAUCGGGUCUGGAAAGGGUGACGGAAACCCAUUUGGUCUCGCUGCUAUAAUUGGAGUGAUGCUCGUCCCGAUUUUAUAUGCACGUGUAUUCUUGCCGCGUCAGUUCGUGAUACCAGUCAUAAUGGGUGCUGCGACAUUCUUGUUGGUGAUUGGCUAUGGAUAUGAUUAUAAACACGUCGUAUCCUACGGUUUACCAGGCUAUGGAUACGAAAUCUUCUGGCGGCGUUUACUCCUUGUCCUCAUCGGUCUCGCAGCCUCGAUUAUCGUGCAGAUCCUCCCACGUCCAGUCUCAGCAACUCGACACGUUAGCAGGGCACUGUCGAAUUCAAUACGAACGCUAUGCGACCAUUACGCUCUCCUUCUUUCGUCACUGGGGGAGUCCCACAACCCCGGCCUACAAGCCGUCGUUGGACAACUAUCCAUUCAAUUGUCCAGUUCCCUCGGUGCACUAGACAUGUUGAUCGCACUAAUCAGACUCGAAAUCUCAACUACAAACUUUGACAGCGCUGCCCUUCGCAAAAUCAAGACUCUCUGUCUAGAACUCAACUACUCCCUCGGGCGUUUGCUAUACAUCACCUCCUCCCUAUCCAUUGAAUACCAAGAAUUGUUAUCUCGCGAAGUAGGCCUUCGCAGCCAUCACGCCAUCGGCGAUGUAAUGGCCGUGCUCGGCGUAAUCGAGCAAUCCCUCAAAACCGGCGAUGCGCUUCCAGAAGUCCUACCCACGCCGCUGGUGAAAAGAUGUUUUGAUCAUUGGGUCAAAGCUGAUAUUAAUUUGGUAAUGAGUAUGGCAAAGGUGAAAGAGGAAGAGUAUCGCAAGUUUUGUACGGCGUUGAGUUCGUAUUUGAGGUUUUUGGGAGCGGUGGAUGAUCUUGUUUUGGUUAUGAAGGAGACGUUGGGAGAGGCGCAUGUUGUGUCGAGGGAGUUGUUGCAUCAGAUUUAA